AUGCCGACGACGUCUCGGCCACGGGGUAAUCCGAAGCCAUCUGAUUUCUGUGCUGUUAUUGAUGAUGAGUUACGGGAUGAAAGCACCACUUGUCUCUCGGCCUCAAGGAUCUCUUCGUCGUCGACAACUCUUCACCACGGCCACUCUCCCCCUGCAUCGGCUCCCGAGGUACCGUCUCCUGCUGUUCGGCUGCUGUCGGUUCUGGUUCGGCGAGCUGGUCUGUUGGGGUGCUCGGUACCACCGAGCUGGUCUGUUCGGCCGCUGGUCUGUUCGGAUGCUCGGUACUACCGAGCUGGUCUGUUCGGCUGCUCGGUAUCGGGGGCCCCGUAUCAGUUCAUCACCGCAAAAGCCAUUAAAUCUGAAUCUGGAGUCAACCCCAAGGUCGGAGUUUCCGUCUACAAGCCUAGAUCGUAUCAAGUCCUCGUCUCAGAUGCCGCCAAUUCUCUAUUCAGUGCCCUGCAAGAUGGAAAAACACGUAUGGAGAUCGAUUUCCCUCCAUUGCCUACCAACGUAUCUUCUUAUAAGGGUUCAUCUGACGAUUUCAGUGAUGCCAACAUUCAACUUGCAUUAGCUGUUAUCAAGAAUCUGCAAGAGAAGCAAGAAACAAGAGCAUGCGUUGUAUUUCCUGAUAAACCAGAAAAGCGCAGGGCAUCAGAGCUUUUUAAAGCAGCUCUUGACUCGAUUGAUGGUGUAACUAUUGGGUCCUUGGAUGAUAUACCUAGUGGCCCCGUCACCUCAUUUUUUAAAUCCAUACGAGACACUUUGGAUUUCGACUUCGUUGAUGAAAAUGAAGAUCGUUGGCAACCCGGCAAACCUCCAUCACUUUAUAUGUUCAUCAAUUGUAGCACUCGUGACUUGUCCGAUGUAGAGAAAUACGUGGAAAAGUUCUCCUCUUCAACCCCAACUGUUCUCUUUAACCUGGAACUGGACACGUUACGUGCUGAUCUGGGAAUUGUAGGAUUUCCUAGCAGAGACUUGCACUUUCGGUUUCUUUCUCAAUUCAUCCCCGUUUUCUACAUACGAAUUAGAGAGUAUUCAAAGACAGUUGCAGUGGCACCUUAUUUGGUGAACUACAGUGGAGCAUUGUUCCGUCAGUAUCCAGGGCCAUGGCAAGUGAUGUUGAAGCAAGGGGACAACUCGUACGCUUGCGUAGCAGAAAGUAGUAGCCGUUUCACUCUCAGUGAAACCAAGGAAGAACUUCUGAGAGUGCUCGGACUCAAGGAGGAAGAAGGAAGCUCGCUCGAGUUCCUCCGGAGAGGCUACAAGACUGCAACUUGGUGGGAAGAAGAUGUAGAGACAGAACUAUCAUCUGAAUGGCGUAGUUGAAUAUUCUGCAGACAAAUGAUUGGAGACGAAACAACGAAAAGUAAUGAUAUCAUAUUAUACAUGAAAGAAUAAAAUGGCAAGGAGACCUUCAGCAAGAAACGAUGAGAUUGAUAUCACCUUUCUCCCAACUUCAUUUCUUUUGGACUCGUGUGUAUACACCACAUAUAUGUGUAUAAUUUAUAAUCUUCUAUUGGAAUGUAGUAAGGGACAACUUUUUUUGCAAAACUAGAUUUGCAUUUUGUUUCUUAUAUAUUUAGCAAUCCCUCCGUUUCAAGGAA